ACACUGUGCAGCCUCAGUAGAAAAAGCAAAGGGGCCGGCAGAGACUAAAUGCAGGCGUGGUUUUUUUUUUUAAUUCUUCCACCUGGUUUGGUCCUGAGCAGGUUUAAACAACGCGGGUAAAAAUUCCAGUAUGGCAAGCCUGGUGAGGAGGGUGCUAGUGCAGACAAAGCCAUUGAGUGAUGUGAAAGGACCACCUACACACAGACUGUCCUGCGGCCAGUCCCCCUACACUGAAACGACAACAUGGGAGAGGAAAUACUGCAUCCUGACAGACAGCCAGCUGGUGCUGCUCAACAGGGAGAAAGAGGUGCCUAUCGAUGGGGUCCAGGAGCCGCAGGCGGAUGCUACCAAAGGGCGCUGCCUGCGCCGGACAGUGAGCGUCCCCUCCGAGGGCCAAUUCCCCGACUACCCACCAGAGGGGGCCACCAAACUAGAGGUCCCAGCAGAGAGAUCUCCUCGCAGACGGAGCAUCUCCGGGACCAGCACCUCUGAGAAAACCAACUCCAUGGAUGCUUCAAAUACUUCUCCUUUCAAAGUGCCAGGCUUCUUCAGUAAACGUCUGAAAGGGUCCAUCAAGAGGACAAAGAGUCAGUCAAAGCUGGACAGGAACACAAGUUUCCGUCUCCCAUCUCUCCGCAAUGCUGAUGACAGGUCACGUGGAUUGCCAAAGCUGAAAGAGUCCCGUUCCCAUGAGUCUUUACUGAGCCCAGGCAGCGCCGUGGAGGCCCUGGAUCUUGGGUCAGAAGAAAAAGUCUUUGUCAAACCACUUCACAGCAGUAUCCUUGGACAAGACUUCUGCUUUGAGGUAACCUACUCCAGUGGCAGUAAAUGCUUCAGCUGUUCCUCUGCAGCAGAGAGGGACAAGUGGAUGGAAAAUCUACGCAGAACAGUGCAGCCGAAUAAGGACAACUGCCGUCGAGCUGAAAACGUGCUCCGUCUCUGGAUCAUUGAGGCAAAGGACCUGGCCCCCAAGAAGAAAUACUUCUGUGAGCUGUGCCUUGAUGACACUCUCUUUGCCCGCACCACCAGCAAAACAAAAGCGGACAACAUUUUCUGGGGAGAGCACUUUGAGUUCUAUGGUCUCCCACCUCUUCACAGCAUCACAGUUCACAUCUACAAGGAUGUGGAGAAGAAGAAGAAAAAGGACAAGAACAAUUAUGUAGGCCUGGUCAACAUUCCCAUGGCCAGUGUAACUGGUCGCCAGUUUGUGGAGAAAUGGUACCCAGUCAGCACACCUACACCCAACAAAGGGAAAUCAGGGGGACCUUCCAUUCGGAUAAAGUCACGUUAUCAGACCAUCACCAUCUUGCCCAUGGAGCAAUACAAAGAAUUUGCAGAAUUUGUUACCAGCAACUACACUAUGCUGUGCUCUGUGCUGGAACCUGUGAUCAGCGUAAGAAAUAAGGAAGAAAUGGCUUGCGCUUUGGUGCACAUUCUUCAGAGCACUGGGAGAGCUAAGGACUUCUUGACAGAUUUGGUGAUGUCUGAGGUAGAUCGUUGUGGGGAGCAUGAUGUCUUGAUCUUCAGGGAGAACACACUUGCUACCAAAGCUAUUGAGGAAUACCUAAAGUUGGUAGGGCAGAAGUAUCUUCACGAUGCACUAGGGGAGUUUAUCAAGGCUUUGUAUGAGUCAGAUGAAAACUGUGAAGUGGAUCCCAGCAAAUGUUCAUCCAGUGAAUUAACAGAUCAUCAGAGCAACCUGAAAAUGUGUUGUGAGCUGGCCUUCUGCAAGAUUAUCAAUUCUUACUGCGUGUUCCCUCGUGAGCUGAAGGAGGUAUUUGCAUCUUGGAAGCAGCAGUGCCUGAGCAGGGGCAAGCAGGACAUCAGUGAACGCCUGAUCAGUGCCUCCCUCUUCCUCCGCUUCCUGUGCCCCGCUAUCAUGUCCCCCAGCCUCUUUAGCCUCAUGCAGGAGUAUCCUGAUGACCGGACAUCUCGCACACUCACACUUAUUGCUAAAGUCAUUCAGAAUCUCGCCAAUUUUGCGAAGUUUGGUAAUAAGGAAGAGUAUAUGGCCUUCAUGAAUGACUUUUUGGAACAUGAGUGGGGAGGAAUGAAGCGUUUUCUCCUGGAGAUCUCUAAUCCAGAUACCAUCUCAAACAUGCCUGGAUUUGAGGGCUACAUCGACCUGGGCAGAGAGCUCUCAGUUUUGCAUUCCCUCUUGUGGGAGGUUGUGUCCCAACUUGAUAAGGGUGAAAAUUCCUUCCUACAGGCGACCGUGGCAAAACUGGGACCUCUUCCUCGUAUUCUUGCUGAUAUCACCAAAUCAAUGACCAACCCUACACCGAUACAGCAGCAGCUGAGGCGUUUCACUGAGCACAGCUCUAGUCCAAAUGUCAGUGGCAGUCUCUCCUCAGGGCUUCAGAAGAUAUUUGAGGACCCCACUGAUGGUGACUUGCAUAAGCUGAAGUCUCCAACCCAGGAAAAUGUAGAUGGAUAUUUUAGGGGCAAGACCUUACUGUUGGUUCAGCAGGCAUCCACCCAGAGCAUGACUUACUCAGAUAAGGAUGAAAGGGAAAGCGUCUUGCCCAAUGGACGUAGCAUCUCUCUCAUGGAUCUCCAGGAUCCUCACACGGCUCACAGUGACCAUGCUUCUAUUAUGCACGAUGUGCCUUUGCGCUUGGCUGGCAGCCAGCUCUCUAUCACACAGGUGGCAAACAUCAAACAGCUGUGGGAAACUCAGAGCACACCCCAGAGUGCUCCCCAGGUGAGAAGGCCUCUGCACCCGGCUUUGAACCAACAGGGCAGCCUCCAGCCUCUGUCGUUCCAGAACCCGGUUUACCAUCUCAACAACCCAACCCCACCGAUGCCGAAGGCCUCUGUUGACUCCAGCCUGGAGAACCUGAGCACUGCCAGUUCCCGGAGCCGAAGCAACAGCGAAGACUUCAAACUUAGCGGACCCAGCAACAGCAGCAUGGAGGACUUCACCAAGCGCAGCACGCAGAGCGAGGACUUCUCCCGGCGCCACACGGUCCCAGACAAGCACAUCCCCAUUGCGCUGCCCCGCCAGAACAGCAGCAGCCAAGCACAGAUCCGCAAAAUGGACCAGGCUGGGCUGGGCGCCAGGGCCAAAGCACCGCAGUCCUUGCCACACAGCGCUUCCUUGCGGAGCACGGGCAGCAUGUCGGGAGUGUCGGGGGCCAUGGUGACUGAAUCCAUUCAGAAUGGGAGCCGGUCCCGGCAGCAGUCCUCAUCCUCUAGAGAGAGCCCUGUCCCGAAGGUGAGGGCAAUUCAGAGGCAACAAACACAGCAGGUUCAGUCACCUGUGGACUCUGCCACAAUGUCACCAGUGGAAAGAACAGCUGCGUGGGUUCUCAAUAAUGGACAGUAUGAAGAAGUAGAGGAGGAUGCAGAGCAGAAUCCGGAUGAAGUCAAGCAUGCUGAGAAGUAUGAACAAGAGAUAGCAAAGCUGAAGGAGCGCCUGAAGGUGUCAAGUCGCCGGCUGGAGGAGUAUGAGCGGCGACUCCUGGUGCAAGAGCAGCAAAUGCAGAAGCUGCUGAUGGAGUACAAGUCUAGGCUGGAAGACAGUGAGGAGAGACUACGCAGGCAACAGGAGGAGAAGGACAGCCAGAUGAAAAGUAUCAUCAGCAGACUCAUGGCAGUUGAAGAGGAACUGAAGAAGGAUCAUGCAGAGAUGCAAGCUGUCAUCGAUGCAAAGCAGAAAAUUAUUGAUGCACAGGAGAAGCGGAUCGUGUCCCUGGACUCUGCCAACACGCGGCUGAUGAGUGCCCUGACGCAGGUGAAGGAGCGCUACAGCAUGCAAGUCCGAAAUGGCAUCUCCCCCACCAAUCCCACCAAGCUUUCCAUCACGGAGAAUGGUGAAUUCAAAAACAGCAGCUGCUAACUGGGCAGAUGCUGCCGGCCAUCUCCCCAGGAGAAGGGCAAGAGGGAGCAGACUCAAGAAACCUUCAAAAUAGCCCCCCCUUCCCCUUACAGGUUUACAUAAUGCUGCUAAUAAAAUGGAAAAGAGAAAGAAGAACUCUGAAAGGUGGGCUUUAAUUCCCCACUCGAGGCCAGGAGAACCAGGCUCCCAAGAACAAGUCCUUCCGUAUCACUGUGUAAAUAGAGGGAGCUCUUGGGUCAUGUACAGAAAACGCCGAUGUAAUAUACCAAAAGGAAGUGAAUACUGUAGAUUUUUUUAAUUAUUGCUAUUUUUAUUAUUAUUAUUUUUUUCUCUUGUUGAAAGCACUGCAGUCCUUGGAGGAGGAAGAGGGGAGUGUGAGUGCAUGUGUGUUGUGGGUGAGAGAGAGAGAGAGAGAUGAGCAGUGGGUUACAUUAGACAGCAGCUGUAUAUAUCAGGCUGACUGAUACAAGUACAUGAGUGGAGUGAAAUAGUAGUGAAAUGAAUUCUAUAAGAAAACUCAUCUGCUGGUUUUAUUCCCCUCUUCUCUAGCUGUUCUUUAACUGAAUGCAAGCUUGAUAGCAAACAAUUUAGCAAGAAAAUUGGCUCUUGCUGGAUCCUGUACCUACUUUCGGUAGGACUCUGGUAAAAAAUUUUCAGUCUUUUUGAACAAGGUAAAAACUUGGAGCAGCAAGCUUGUUUCCUUGCAUUUGCACACAGUCAGGCUUCCCAUCAAACAGACAGAGGGAAUCUGCAGUUUUUCAAGGUAGGAUUCUUUCUUUUUUACCCCAGUUCUAAGGCAGUUUUAUAUUUUCUGUUUUGAGAAUUUACAGACCUGUAAAUACUUUUUUUUUUUUUUAAUUCCUAUCCAAUCCCCACUUGCGCACCAUGCAGUGGCACCCUGAAUUCAUUCUCUGCAUUCCAUCAGGAAGAAUCAGGUUCAUGCUCUGAGGAAAGGGCUAACCGAAGGGUGCCCAUGCCCAGUAAAGUAGAGGUUCAUAUGCAAAAUUUCCUUUUUCCUAGAGGAUUUCUAUAUUUUAACUCUCGUUCAAUUUCACUAUUUCAGCCGCUAGCUUAGCCGGUCUAGUUCCAAUGACAGAUGCUUUCUGCACGUUUGUGUUAAAAGAUCUUCCAUUUCCACUGAAAUUUGCCUUUCUCUGGAUACUUUAAAGGUGGUUUGUGGGUUUUGGUGGUUUUUUUUAAGUUCUGUACACACCAGUUUUUUCUUAAGGAGUUUUGACUAAGCUUUCAUCUCCAGUUACUUUCAGUUGCAUUUCAUAGAAGCAUACUUACAGGCUCUAUGUGAAUGUGUAUAUAAUUACAAAGUGACCUUCUCGUGGAAGAUAAUGACAUUCACAAACUGUAAAAGACUAACAAUAAAUGACACAGUAUUAUCAAUUCUCAUGAUUUCAUGAAAUGCCACAAUAUUUAGUCUGAGAGGUUUUUUUAAAGCCCCAGAUUCUAGAGUCAAGUAAUAGUGUGUGAAGCUUCACUUUCACUUUUUGGUAUACAUUUCUAGCCCCCAGACUCUCAAAGUAAAUAAAAUUAUUGCAACAGCAAUUGAAAUUGUGAAUUACAGAAGUAUGCUAAUAACAGUGAGUGUGAUUAACCAUUGAAACUAGUUAUGGAAAUUAGAAAUUGGAAAAGUUGACUUCAAAACGAGACAAAACCUUGAGAGGGUUGCCUCAGCGUGGGAUGUGUUCAGCAAGCGGUUCAGGCUGCAACUAGGAAGAAGCUAAUGAGGUGGCUCUGGGAGUACCUGGCUGAAACCGUAUAGCCUGUGAUACGGAGGAGGUCAGAGCUGAUGAUCUGAUUAUCCUUUCUGGCCUUAGUUUCUGAAUCUCUAAAAUUGUACUACAUUAAAAAUGUAGGUGUUUCUAAGCCAAUUUCUUGACAUCCCGAAAGUGACCCGUGUUGCCUUGAACAUGAAGGAUUGGCAAUACCGAGGACCCAAAUUCAGUGUCUGUUGUCAAGUUUGUUUGUUCUUUGGAAAUGAAUUACUCUCGCCUCUGUGGGCAAAUGCAGCUUGUGACAGAGCACAGUAUGUUAACUGUUCUGCUUGAUUAUUGUGUUACGAUACUUCAGUUAAGCGUCAUCACACAAGUACGUUACAUUACUAACUAUGCAUAAAUACAGAGACCACAUCUCCUGCACUGUAGGAUAUAUAAGAAAUAUGUGUAUGAAUGUCUCUUAGCAAGGCCUUGGCCGUUAAUUUACAUCUAGAGGAGACUUGUCUGCAGCGAGUUGGGAUUUAUAUUUAAUGCUUAGUUCUUUCGGAUCAAAGCUGCUCUGGCUGCUUGAAUGUGACUUGGUACUGCAGUCCAGGGAGCAUCCCUGUCUUGUUCUUGGUGUAUCAUAGCCAAGUCAGCACUGUCUGACGCACCUGGGCUUGUGCUCUGCUUUUGCUCAGUAGUGAUUUCUUUUCGAUACUUUCCAAACCGUCUUCCAGCUCUGGGUCGUUGCUGACCUCUGAUAUUUUCUUCCUCAAACUGUGCCUUUAAGUUCCUUCUUUCCUUCUUCCUUCAUGCAUCACAGCCAUAGGCAGUCUAUCAAGUUUGUAUUAAUCUGUCUUGUGAGUAGCUCUCUUUUAACCUUUGCAACCCCCUUUCUGUUGAGUAUUUUUGCGUGAUCUGCAUCUCCCCUUUACUAUGUACUGUAAUUAUACAGCUGCAUCAUGGGAAAUUUGUUCAUAAAAGUAGCCUUUUCAGAUGGGCAUGUGCAUUGCUCACUUAUUACACAGUGCAAAUAGUAUGGGUGUUCUGUGACUGAGACAUGAGAUCAAGUGGUCGUAGGAAUACAUUGACUAGAACAAGGCAGAGGCAGAUACGUCAUUCUGGUAGCGUUUAGCCUAGCAUUCAUUUGGGAAACGCAUUUCACCAGAGCUCCCCAGCUUUCUGGUAAUCUAUCAAAGAUCACUGGCUGAGCUGUAUGGUUUGAUGCUGAAGUCGCCGAGACGUCCAUUUUGAUUUCUGCAGAGAAAUGCAAUAGGGGCAACAUUUCAGCCCUGAUUUUUGGAAGGGAAAUAAUACCUGCCGCAAGAUUGAUGUUUUGGUGAGCUCUUCAGUAAUGAAUCAUUCUAAUAAUGUACCUUCUCCUAUGUAUUUCUUAAGCAUGUAGAAUGCUUGUAGGAAAAUGUUGCUAUUCUAAAAGUGUAUCAGUAUUGUUUUCACAGCUUGUUGCUAGGCAGGUUGUCUCUCUUCUACUUCAGUUUCUCCCCUAAAGUGCAAAGUGUACUACUCUAACUCCCGCUAUAGAGGAGAAGCUGCCUGUUGACCCAAAAGCGGGUGAGGGUUGCAGACUCACAAUGCUGCAAGACUAGAAUUGAUUAGGUGCAGAACAAAACGUUAUGCUCCUGCAGGCAGCUGUCUCUCCUAGUUUCUUACCAAGCAGCUUUCUAGAGGAAUUUUAAGCCGCUUCAAGCCGACAAUAUGUGAAAAUGCCAGCUUCUAUUUUGUCCAGUCUGAUAAAAUUCAAGUGGCACUAAACCACGUGGCAGCCGAAAGGUCUGUCUGUUUUGGAGCAAGAGCCCUAUCUGGGCCUGAUCACAUUUGGUUUAAGACUAGUAGCCAGUGGGUUUCUGCAGCAAAGAGAGAAGAAGUAAAUAGUGCGAAGUCUGAUGAUGUGCAUUAUAGACAUUAGGUUUUGGUUCGUACUUUCAGCCAUGCAUCAGGCUGUGUCUAAUGCUGUUGCAAGCAACUGCUGCUCUCAUUUGGAAACAGCUGAAGUAGCGCAGGAAAAAAUUAAUAGCUUGUGGGAGUAAUACUCGUGUGUUCCUAAGACUGAAACAGAAAAGUUGCCCCAUCCUGGCAUCUCAGUCCUUUCUGGCCACGUUCCUCAAUACUGCUCUAGGGUGGUUCUUCCCAAACCACAAAGGCACCCGGGCUUCCGAGUUCUCAGUAAAAGCUCACGGCCAGCAUGGCGGGGCAGGGAAAUGGAGCAGCAUUGUGUAGCACUGCGGCCUUUUGCCAUGUUGUGUGUGGUGUCUGCAGAGCGUAUGAAGAACAGAGGUGACCAGAAUGACGUGGGAUAGGCACUAAAGGAGAAGAGAGGGAGCAGGGCCUAGGAGUGGCAUCCUGUAAAUGCCCAUUCUUUGCAACUCUAGGAAUUCUAGACCUUUUCUUUAAGGGAAAGAGACAGAUUUCACGUCUAGGAAUUACCAACUGUUAUUUCCCUGGUGUAUUAGAAAUGGGCAGCUACGUGUAAAAGCACAGAUUCAUACAGCUACACAUUUUGCAACAUUUCUUUCCAGCGGAAUAACUCUAAGCAGGGGAUCCAGGGACAGGUGGAAAGGGAUGUGUAUAUUUUCUAGUUAGAGAAUAUGAGGUGUAUCCAGUAGUAAAUUCUGUACCCAUCUAAUAAGUUGUCCAAGAAGUGGGUUUUAUUUUGUGUUCUUGCAAUUGCUUUGGGUUGGCUUAGGCUUUUUUUUUUUACAUGAUACAUUAACUUCAUGUUUUAAUGAUUGCUUAAACCCACCAGCUUUUAACUUCAUCUGAAAACUCAAUGAGUGAAGUCUGUCAAUUUUACAGCAGUGCCCAUGGAAUGUGUCGGCAAUACUUGUCUGCUAAGGUCACCAUGUAUGUAUGAAUUCUGUUUGUGUUCUGCAAAAAUAUCUGUGUCGUUCUGGAAAACAAUUCCUGUCCGAGUUGAAGCAUUAAAUGUAUUUAUAUCAGUGAUUAGCAUGGUCAGCUGAGUGUGACAGAGCAAAAAGGGUUAAAUUUAGGCUGAUGCUUUUAGAUGUUUCCUUCUCCACAGUAAGUUAACUCCCAUGAGAGCAAGCAUGUCAUUAGAUCAUGCCUGCCAGGAAUCCUACCUGUAAAAAUAGAUUUUCUGUCUCAAGGGCCUUAAUAACAGUGUUACUACACAGAACUGUUUUACAAUGAUAGCUCUAAAUAAUUUAUUUUUUAUUUCAACAAAGUACACCUUAAAAAGUAAUAAACUUGUUUUUCAAGCCGUAUUUUUAUGCUAGUAGCACUGGACUGUUUGGUGUCUGAGAUCCAUUUCUGCAUUUCAUUGCCUGGGUUUGUUCUAAAGAAGAUUUAUUUUUGUUCUGUGAAUAAUUUUUGAAGGUUCUUGUAAUAUGUACAGAUAUAGAUACAUUUGAGGUCUUUUAUUGAUAUUCCUACAAAGAAUACAAAUAAACUUUAACUUUAA